CCUUAAGUGUGAGGUCCUGUGUGCGAAUACAGACACUGUGCGCUUGGUGUCGGCACCUUCAUGUUAAGGGGUGAGCGGUGAGUAGCCACGUGGCAUCAGUUCAGGGCAGCUACAUCAAAUGGGUCUUUGGAGGGCCUGGAUAACCAGGAGGGAGGGGUGUGCCAGACAAGAGCCAUGAAGAUCCUCAUGAAAGUUGGACAAGAUGCGAGUUCUGCUGGGUCAACCAGGCACAACGAUCCAACACGACGCCCAGAACUAGAAGCCGGUACAAAUGGAAGAAGUUCAACAACAAGUCCCUUCGUCAAACCAAAUCCAGGUCCCAGCACGGACGGCAGCAGCGCCGGGCAUUCGGGGAACAACAUCCUCGGUUCCGAAGUGGCCUUAUUCGCCGGGAUUGCUUCCGGGUGCAUCAUCUUCGUGGUCAUCAUCAUCACGCUGGUGGUGCUGCUGCUCAAGUACCGCCGGGGGCACCGGAAGCACUCGCCGCAGCACGCGGCCGCGCUGUCGCUCAGCACGCUGGCCACCCCCAAGCGCGGCGCGGCCGCCAGCGGCUCGGAGCCCAGUGACAUUAUCAUCCCGCUGAGGACUGCGGACAGCGUGUUCUGCCCGCACUACGAGAAGGUGAGCGGGGACUACGGGCACCCGGUGUACAUAGUGCAGGAGAUGCCGCCCCAGAGCCCGGCCAACAUCUACUACAAGGUCUGAGCCGCGGCGGCACCUUCGCGUCCGGAGGAAACCCAGCGUCGCUGCCCCAGAGGGGCGGGUGGCCCCCGCGGCUCAGCGGACCGGAGCGCGGCGGGGACAGGGAGCACUCCUUCUCCGAAGAGCGCUGUUGAGCUGGACAGCUUACCCAGUCCGUAGCGCUCGGACCGCGGGGAGGAGGACACCGGCCGCCGCUGUCGGCGGGGAGGAGGCCGGGUGGAAGGUGCCCGCCUCGCCCCUGCCGCCUGCAGGCCCUGCGCCAUCACCUGGGCCUGCGGGGCGGGGCGGGGCGGGGCGGGGCGGGCCCUGAGCAACUCGGCAGGUGUCGCCCUCUCCAGGAGCACCGGGACUUGUCACACGGACCUCUGGUGGGGGGAGGCUUUCCGAGGCCCCGGCCUGGCCCUCACCGUUGUUGCACACACCCCUGCCGACCUCUGGGGCUCUGCAGCCAGCCCCUCACACCACACCCUGCACCUCGGCGCGAACACUCACCUUGGGAGUCUCCUGCCCUGCCCGGUCCUCAGCAGUGGCGCCAUGGGUGACACGCUUCUGGAAACCCUGUCUGCUGAGGAGCCUUCUGCCGCCAAGACCAGAAAGCCCAGGAGUUACUGGCCUGGGAGCAGGGCCGGGGGCUGUCUGUGAAUGCGUCCGGAGCAGAGGCGGAGGGGGCCCCGGGGGUGGUACAGCACUUUGGUUGGCUGAGAUUUUAAGAGGCAAGCAGGAGGCACCACACAGGCGGUGGCGCCGGGGCCUCUGAGGGUCCGCUGGUCGCAGGGCCGCGCGCGCAGGAAGGCUGGAGUCUCCCGGGGCAGAACAAAGGGGCGGUGGACCACCAGGCGGAGGGCCGCCGCACGGACCUGGGCAGGACUGCUCGGUACUGGCAAUAAGGCGUCGGCUUGGGCGCUGUGGGAGAGUCGGUCUGCUCUGGAUGACGUUAGGGCAGACCCUGCUGCUAUUCUGGUCACAUUUAUGAAACACAGGGAAAGCAUUGAGGAGAGUGGCAGGGAGCCAGGGCUGACCUAGCCCUUUCCAAGCCAGAGGUCAGAGAGGCUGCGGUUCCAUCAUCAUUCACGUUAGGGAGGCUUCUCCUCUAUAAAAGGUAGGUCAGAUUCCCCGUCCACCCCUCCCCCCAGGGCCCUCCGUCCCCUCUCCCCCCACCCCCACCUGAGCCUCAGGACCCUUUGGUCUAUGGCGGUGCUGUCCUGUCCGGCUGCAAGGGCGGACGCGGAGGUACCAAGCGAGGCCACAGCGCACCCGUGUCGGGUGAAGCACUCUGGGAACCUCUUUGAGUCCUUCAGACGGAAAUAAAUGAUGAUGUCGAGGGGAAGAAGGAAGAAGGCUCGUAUUUAUAGUAGGUCUAUAGAACACAAGGGAUAGAGAGCGAAAGAUUUGUACUAAUAUAUACAUUAAGAUUGCACACAAAUCACAGCAGAGAGAUGUGAAAUUCACCUGUGGUAAUUACGCGGUCCCAAUGCCCAGUGCUUACAAAAGAAAAACUGGGCAGCUACUUCUCGGGAAAACAACCUCGCUCCAAAAAUGACAAUAACAGGAGUAAACACAAAAAUAACCCAGUCCUCCGAAGGCAUCUCCCGUCACCCUAGACUAGAAAACGCAAGCCCCACCAACCAGGAAAUGGAUGUUACCGCAUCAUAGAGUUAACAAAGGCAAGCAAAGACGCUCCAGCAUUUCUGUUUCUGUGUUGUGUUUUAUGGCUAAAGUGGUCGCUGAGAUCCACCAGGUCCCCUCGGAGGGGGUUUGGGCUGAAAGUUGAGCUCCGGCCCCCUCCCCCCGCCCCCUUCCCCAUGCCCUCCCUUUUGGGAAACAAAAAUGAGUAAACAGGAAACCUACUUUUUGUGUGCUAUGCAAAAUAGACAUCUUUAACAUAGUCCCGUUACUAUGGUAACACUUUGCUUUCUGAAUUGGGAGAGAAAAAAAAAUGUAGCAACAGCAUUUUAAGGUUCUCAGACCUCCAGUGAGUACCUGCAAAAACAAAUUGUCACGGGGAUUUUCAUUCUCCAUUUCCUGAACCUGAAAAUGAUGUUGGUCCAAAGUGCGUGUGUGUAUGUGUGAGUGGGUGAGUGGUACACAUGUGUACAUAUAUGUAUAAUAUAUAUCUACAAUAUAUAUUAUAUAUAUCUAUAUCAUAUUUCUGUGGACGGUUGCCAUGGUGACCAGCCAUAGUACAUAUGUAAUUCUUUCCAUCACCCCACCCUCUCCUUUACGUGCAUUCGUGCAAGAUUUUCUUGUAAGCCAUCAACAAUUACCUUUAGGAUGGGGGAGAGGGGGCAAGAAGGGGAAAAAUGGGAAAUAGUCUGAUUUUAAUGAAAUCAAAUGUGUGUCUCAUCAGUUGGCUACAUUUUGGUUAUAUGCUAAACUGUGAAAAAUCAGAUGAAUUUGAUGAAGAGUUACCUGCAACCAAUUGAAAAGUGUUCUGUGCGUCUGUUUUGUGUCUGGUGCAGAAUAUGACAAUCUACCAACUGUCCCUUUGUUUGAAGUUGGUUCAGCUUUGGAAAAAGUUACUGUAAAUGCCUUGCUUGUAUUAUCAUCCCUAGUCACCUGACUUUGGAAUUUGCACCGUAAACGUUUAAGUGAAGAUGCUGUAAAUAGGUUCAGAUUUUACUGUAUAUGGAUUUGGGAUGUUACAGUAGCCUUAUUCACCUUUUUAAUAAAAAUACACAUGAAAACAAGACAGAAAUGGCUUUUCUUACCCAGAUUGUGUACAUAGAGCAAUGUUGGUUUUUUAUAAAGUCUAAGCAAGAUGUUUUGUAUAAAAUCUGAAUUUUGCAAUGUAUUUAGCUACAGCUUGUUAAAAGGCAGUGUCUUUCCCCCUUUGCACUGUAAUGAGGGAAAAAAAAUGGUAUAAAAGGUUUGCCAAAUUGCUGCAUAUUUGUGCCGUAAUUAUGUACCAUGGAUAUUUAUUUAAGAUUUCGUUGUCCAAUUUGUAAGUAACACAGUAUUAUGCUUGAGUUAUAAAUAUUUUUUUUCUUUCUUCAUUUUAUUUUAAUAGCCUAUCAUAGGUUUUCAGUCUGCUUUCCUUCCUUCCACAUUGCAGUCAGCCCCCCGAAACACAAUCCGUGAGGUCCCAUUCCACGUCUGUUUCAAACUGAAUUUGUUCUUAAAAAAAUAAAAUAUUUUUUUCCUAUGGAAAAA